CAUUUUUUCUUCCCAUACUUUUCUUUCUUUUCCUCUUAUAUUAUUUUUUUUUUUCUUUUUUUCCUUUUUCUUCAAUGGAUAUUGAUGAUUAUUUGAAUCUUCAAUCCCACUCAGAUGGUUCAACCCAGGAACUACAAGAUAUUACGUCUCCCACUCAUGAAAAUAGUAAUAAUAAUAAUAAUAACAAUAACACGAUUAAUUCUACACCAACAACAACAACAACAACAUUUCCUUUGGUUCCUACCUCAUCUUCUACAUGUUGGAAUGACUCUCUAACUCUGGAUACUUCUGAACAGGAUGAUACCCGAUUAUUUGAUAAACCGUUACCGAAUAUGGAUCAAUUUCUUUUUGCUUUUGGUGACAAUGCAACUAAUACUGCGGUUAACUCUGAUGGUUCUCCCAACUGGCAUCUUUUGACACAAUCUCAACAACAACAACAAGAUCCUUCCAUUACACAAAUGCCUUUGAACAGUUUAUCUUCCAAUAACUUACCUGAUUUCUUGGCUCCCCAUUUCCUUACUUUGACAUCAACUCCAAUGACGACGACUUGUCCUGAUACGAUAAACGCGACCAUGGUGGAAAAUAACAAACAACAAACAACUUUACAACCAGCUACAACCUCGAUAGAAUCCCAUCCAGUGGAAAAUGAAGGAAUGGUGACACGAUCUAAACGACUACGUACAGAUAGCAAAUCAUCUGGAGAUGCAACUGUGGUACAAAAGCAACAAUCAUCACCAACGCCAGAUCCUCCACCUCCUGCACGAAAGAAACGUGGUAAAAAGUUGUAUUGUAUAUGUCAACAACCUUAUGAUGGUCAACCUAUGGUUCAAUGUGAUGAAUGUCAAGAAUGGUUUCAUUGUAGCUGUGUGAACUUGGAUGCUGACGAAAUAGAAAAUGUGGAUUGGAUAUGUGACAAGUGCAAAUCAGAUGAAACCCAUUCAAAUCGCUCAAACACCCCAAUGGAACCAGAUGAAACUAAGACAAAAACACGAAAUGCUCGACAUCAAAACAAAUGUUUAUUAUCGUCAUGUAACAAUCAAACUCGGGCUGAUUCCUACUGUAGUGAUGUCUGUGCUCGUUUAGCAACUGCUCCUCAUUCCUCCAACAAGUCUAGUACAAGAUCAGUACCGACAAAGCGACAAAGACCAACAGACAGUGAAUCCUCCAAAAGCGAUAUUGAAGUAACAACAGCAAUACCAGUUACAUCCAUUAAACCGAAAAAAGAAUCAAAAGCAAUGGUAAUGGAUCCCAUCCGCAAAAAUGUGGUCAAGAAUCUUACAACAACAAUGACUCCCAUCCUUGAUGAAAUAACUGAUCAACUACCGGAAGAACUGGCUCAACAAGUAUCAAAUGAUCCUAUGAAAGCUUCUGAAUCUUUGGCAUGCAAGAUCGAAGGGGCCCUCUAUGAUUAUCUUGGUGAAAAGGAACCUCAUGGUGACACGAAAGUGUGUGGAUCACGUUACAAGAAUAAGGUACGAUCACUGUUAUACAACCUCAAGGAUAAGGCAAAUCAAGACUUUCAAAUUCGUGUGGUGAGUGGGGAUUUGACGGUGGAACAGCUUGCACAAAUGUCGUCAGAAGAUAUGGCCAACCCUGAAUUACGAUCCAUGUCAGAAUCCUUACGUGAAAAAAGUAUCAAGAACUCUGUCCUCAAGAUUGAAAAUAUGCCCAUCAUCAAAAAGACACAUAAAGGUGAUAUUAUCAUGAUUCCCAGGAAGGAUGAAUCCUCUUCUUCUCAAUCCAAUCAACGACAAGAGUCAUCUUUAACACCAACAGCAAAUGCACUUCCGAAACUAACAACAGCAGGGAUCAACGUGGAGAAAACUGACACUCAUCAAACCGGAAACAUAGAUAGUUUACCUACAUCAGCGAAAUCAUCUACACCUCCUACACCACAAUCCGCAACUAGUCAUGCUCCUUUGGCAAAAGAUGCUAUGGAUGCUAUAUGGAAACAAAUAGGUAUUGAUGCAAAUGGAUCACAACAAAAAGAACACGAAGCAACAACAAAAAAAUCAUCGGUGGAUUUGGAAGCUUUACUUGGUGAUGAAGAGAACGACGAACAAUUAUAUGCUGGUGAUGAAGAUAAUGAUAUGGAAAAUAACAAUAGUACAUCAGUAUCAACAACAAUAGCUACUAUUUGGGAUGGACGCGUGGAAAUGCCAGAUGUAUGUUCUUUUGAUGCUACAGCUCUACAAAUUGGGGGACGAAAACUAACCAAAGAAGAAUGGCAAGAUAUACUACCAUCUACUAUGUAUAUUGAAGGUCGACUUCGAGUAGACAGUGCUACCAAAUACGUAUCAAGUCUGAAGCAAUCUACCAGUCGGGAAAUUGUACUAUUGCGAGUGGAAUGUCAAACGUCAUCUUCUUCAUCGAAUGAACGGCAUAUGCAAACCUUACUCAAUUACUUCGAAUCUCGAAAAAGAUAUGGUGUGGUGGGACAUAACAAGACGAAAAUCAAGGACUUUUAUUUAUUACCUCUAUACAAGGAUGAAAAAAUACCUGAUUUUCUUUCCGCGGUUAUACCUAUGGAUGAUCAAGAAAAGAAAUUUGAUACUGAUAUCUUUUUAGCUGUCUUGGUCAUUGGAAAACAUCAUCAACAACAAUCGGCAUCCGCUACACCUUCAAACCAGUGGCAACAAGAACAGCAUCAACAACAGUCAUCAUCUACAUCGACUUCUCAUCAUUGGCAACAACAACGUCAGUAUCAACGUUCAGUACCUGUUCCUAACCAGUGGCAACAAUAUCAUCAUCAUGAACCUACUUCUAAUCAAUGGCGUCAACAUCAUCAACAGCAACAUCAACCUAACCUUCAACAUUCCAUUCCCUCCACCUUGUCAUCAUCAUCAUCAACAUCAACAUCAACAUUUGUAAACAACAAUCAUGUUAAUCAGUUACCCUACCAUCAGCAACAACAACAACAACAACAACAGCAACAACAACAACAUUAUUCUUUUUAUUACCCAUCUCAUCCACCUUAUUAUCCUGGAUGA